AUGAUUUCAGAAUUCUUCAAAGGCCGAGAAAUUUUUAUAACCGGAGGAUCAGGUAUUUUGGGGAAGGCAUUGAUUGAAAAAUUAUUACGUUCCUGUAACAUUGGUAAAAUUUAUAUAUUAUUACGUCCAAAAAACCGAACGCCAUUGCAAGAACGGUUAAAAACAUUAAAACAAGAUAAGAUUUUUCGUCGUCUUAAUUCUGAAAAACCCAACGAAUUCGAUGAUAAGAUUUGUCCCAUUCCCGGCGAUGUUGAACUUCCCAUGCUGGGCAUUACUCCGGAGUAUAUGAAACUCUUGGCGAAUGUGUCGGUAGUGUUUCAUGGUGCUGCUACAGUACGUUUCGAUGAACCGCUCUUGCAGGCGGUUAAGCUCAAUGUGGGUGGCACACUGGAGGCUCUAAGAUUUGGCGAAACCUUGAAACACCUGGAAGUAUUCAUGCAUGUAUCGACAUUCUUUAGCAAUCCGUAUCUGGAAUUUACAGAGGCAAAACUGUAUGAACCACCUAUGGAUUGGAAAUUCCUUUUAAAUCUAGCGAAUCGUGAUGACAUUUCGGAAGAAAUUAUGGAAGCUUUAACACGCAAGUUAAUUAUUGGAUUUCCCAACACUUACUGUUUUACCAAAAAUAUAGCUGAAUCAUUGGUAAACGAUUUUCGUGACAAGCUGCCACUUGUAAUUUAUAGGCCGGCAAUAUUGAUUAUGUCUGCUGAGGAGCCUGAACCUGGAUUUCCCACAAAUCUCACCGGGGCUGUGGGAAUGUUUGUUUUAACUGGCACAGGCCUGCUUAAAGUUAUGAAUUCUCCCAAAGAGGUUUUUAUUGAUUUCACACCGCAAGAUUUGGCCAUUAAAAGCAUGGCUUUUUUUGCCAUGAAAACUGCUCAAAUCUAUGCCCAAGAUUGUCGGCCAACAGAAAUACCCAUUUUUCAUACAUCGAUGUAUACUCACAUAGACGUCACCUAUGCCGGCUAUGUGGAUUUACUUUUAGAAAACGGUAUAUUCCGAGACGCAGCAUAUAACAAAAAUUUACUUCUGCCUGGCAUCAAAUUUACAACGAACAAUUUGAUCUUCUAUUUUCUGUUUAUUCUUAAACACCUUUUGCCAGCCCUUUUAGUGGACCUUUUAUUGGUAUUAUUCGGCCGCAAACCAGUAAUGAUGAAAGCCCAACGAAAAACUUUUAUCAUGAUGCAAGUUUUGCUACCUUUCACAUGGAAUACAUAUAAGAGCAAUGGAAUUUGCUGUGCCGAAGAGAUGAUGCAGAAACUUCAUGGGUAA